UUGUACGCACGACGUUUAUGUGUGCAUGUAGACCAUGGCUCCGUAGAACAAUAUGCACGGGCCAUUUAUAGGCAUUUGGCCAUCCAUCAGCAGAUACAUGCUACAUGCAAAACAUACUGCUCUCGUGUACCAAUAUUAAUUUUUAUCAGCCAACAGGAUCUAGGAAAGUGACACUUGCUCCAGGUAGUACUGCAGCGUUUGCACUAAGGCAUGACUGUGAUCCGUAUUUGUCUCGGUCGUUCGCUAAUAUCUCCUCCUCCCACUGUUGUGUGUGUGCAUGCGUGUUUCUUUCCUAGGUGGCUAUGGACCCUCCCAUGAGGCAGGGCCAGACGCGCUACCCUAUUCUGAUUCUCAUCCUCAACAAAGAAGAGUCGAUGGAAGCAGAGGUGGCGCUGUCAGAAGAAAAGCUGGAGAAGCAGUACCAGGGUAAGCUGACUCAGCAGAUGAAUGGGCCUAUUUACGAGGUGCUGAGCCGCGUCAUGAAGGCAGUCGCUUCAAAGAAGAUCGUCGUGCCUGGCAAUUACCGAAGUCAGCGCGGCGGGCAGUGCAUCAGCUGCAGCUACAAGGCCAACCAUGGCAUGCUGUUCCCGCUGGAGAAGGGCUUCCUCUUUGUGCACAAGCUCGCGCUGCACGUGCGCUUCGAUGAGGUGGUCGCCGUCAAUUUCUCGCGCGGCGGCACUGGAACUUAUCGGUCGUUUGACUUUGAGUUAGAAGUCAAGAAUAACAUUGUCCACAUCUUUCAGAGUAUGGACAAAGAUGAGUACAGUCGCUUGUAUGACUUCUGCUCGGCCAAGAAGCUCAGGAUCCGCAAUAAUAGUCCGUGA